AUGGCCCCGACCCUGUGUUUCAACUGCAAGGAGGCCCGGGCGCUCAUUAUCCGGCCUAAGAACCGACACAAGCUGUGCCGCGCUUGCUUCCUCGAGGUUUUUGAAACCGAAGUCCACGAAACCAUCACGGCCUCCAACCUCUUCUACCCCGGCGAGCGCGUGGCGAUCGGCGCCAGCGGCGGCAAAGACAGCACCGUUCUCGCCGCUGUCCUCAAAACACUUAACGAGCGAUAUGGAUACGGGCUGGAUCUGUGUCUGCUCUCGAUCGACGAGGGUAUCCGCGGAUACCGCGACGACAGUUUGGAGACAGUCAAGCGCAAUGCAAAGCAAUACGACAUGCCGCUCAUGAUUGUGGGAUACGGGGAGCUCUACGGUUGGACGAUGGAUCAAGUCGUGGAACAGAUUGGCAAGAAGGGUAAUUGUACCUACUGCGGUGUGUUUCGACGACAGGCGCUCGAUCGAGGUGCGGCGCGCUUGGAGAUCAAGCACGUUGUCACCGGACAUAAUGCGGAUGAUGUCGCUGAGACGGUGAUGAUGAAUUUGCUUCGGGGUGACUUGCCUCGACUUUCGCGUGGCACAAGUAUCGUGACCGCGUCCGGCGCGUCGGAUAUCAAGCGCAGUAAGCCGCUCAAGUACGCCUACGAGAAGGAAAUUGUGCUCUACGCCCACCAUCGUCAGCUCGAUUACUUCAGCACAGAAUGUAUCUACUCGCCUGAGGCAUUCCGUGGCAGCGCCCGUACCCUGAUCAAAGAUCUAGAGAAGAUUCGUCCCAGUUCGAUUCUGGAUAUUGUCAAGAGUGGCGAGGACAUGGCAGCGCUUGUGCCUGGUGAAGCAAACACAAAUGGCAAGAUGUGCCGGUCAAAGGCGACAGCAGACGAUGAGGCGGAGGCCGGUGGCUGUGGAAGUCAAAAUGGUCGAUCCAGCGGAGUGCGGAAUCGCGAGAGACGGGAAAUACAAUUGCCCCAGCAGCCCAAACCUGUCAUUGCGAAGACCCAGAAGCCUAUCAAGAAACAGGUCAUGGGUCAUUGUGAACGCUGUGGCUACAUUUCGAGUCAGCGUGUGUGCAAGGCGUGCACUCUUCUGGACGGCCUCAACCGUAAUCGACCCAAGACUGCUAUCGAAGUCAGUGUAAGCAUGGACGAUGAAGAGAUCAGCUCGACUUUGGCGAGACAAAUGGAACAUUCUCAGUUGACUAACAGCUGA